UUUUGUAGGAUUUGUUGGACUAUUUCUGCUACAGGAUGAGGUCUCCCUAUCUCUCUCUCUCUCAGCCCUGACUGAAUGGCAGUGUGUUUCCUGGCCAGGUUCCCUGAUUCACGUGUCUGUGCUAGAUUGGUUUUCAACAAACAGCUGAUUUGACAGCAGCAGUGUGGACGUACCACAUCUGUCCAGAGUUUGAGUUCCACGCCUGUUGCCUGAGAGGAUGCUUUUUAAUUUGUUCACCAGAAAGAAUAAAUAAUUUAUUUUCUACUCUAAAAAAAAAAAGGAUUGUGGUUAACAGCGCUGUGAGGGGAAAAUACGGCAGCUAUUACUCAUGGUGAUGCCAUCCAGUCAGAUGCAGAACACGUGGACCAGACUAAAGACCGGCACCUGGAGAACUGGGGCCAUCUCCAUCAAACAGUGAGAACAAACGAGCGACAGUCUGAGAACCAUGACGGCCAUCAACAUGCCUCGGGACAAAUACAACGCAGURUGGAUUAUUUUCUUCAUCCUGGGCCUGGGAACUCUCUUACCGUGGAAUUUCUUCAUGACAGCGACAAUGUACUUCACAAGCAGACUGAAGGACGCUCCGUUGAACUCCACAAUGAGCAACGCAACCACAGGAGAAACUCGCAACGUGCUCGAGUCCAAGUUUAACAACGUCAUGACGCUUUGUGCCAUGGUGCCUCUGCUCAUCUUUACCUGCCUCAACUCUUUCAUUCAUCAGAGGAUUCCACAGAAGCUGCGAAUCUCAGGCUGUUUAACCGUCAUCCUGCUGGUUUUCAUGCUGACAGCGGUGUUUGUCAAAGUGGACAUGGAGCCUCUGCCCUUCUUUGUCCUCACUAUGAUCAAAAUUGUCUGCAUCAACUCAUUUGGGGCGAUUUUCCAGAGCAGUUUGUUCGGGCUGGCCGGGAUUUUGCCCGCCUCCUACACCACCCCCAUCAUGAGCGGACAGGGUCUGGCYGGCACCUUCGCUGCUUUCUCCAUGAUCUGCACGCUGGCCACUGGAUCCAGACUGCAGGACAGUGCUUUUGGUUACUUCAUCACAGCCUGCGUUGUUAUUCUUCUGGCCAUAUUGUCUUAUUUCACUCUGCCCAGAAUGGAGUUCUUCCAGUACUACAUGGAGAGUAAUGGAUCCAGAAAAUCURCUGAUGAAGAAAACAAGAUGGAUUUGCUCAAAAAAGAAAACACAACAGAAGAAAAGCGACCGGACACGAAUCUCAUAGAGGAGGAAACCAGACCAGUUGUUUCUGUGUUUAACAUCUUUAAAAAGAUCUGGGUGAUGGCUCUGUCCGUCUGCUUCAUCUUCCUCGUCACCAUCGGAGUUUUCCCAUCCGUGACCGCCGAAGCCAAGACCACGGUGCAAAACGGAGGYGUCUGGGAAACCUACUUCAUCCCCGUGUCGUGUUUCCUCCUCUUCAACGUGAUGGACUGGGCUGGCAGGAGUCUGACGGCCGUCUGCAUGUGGCCGGGUAAGGACAGUAUCUGGCUYCCUGUGCUGGUGGGCCUGCGCGUCGUCUUCAUCCCGCUCUUCAUGCUGUGUAACGUCAGCCCCCGUCACCACCUCCCCGUGUGGUUCGCUCACGACGCCUGGUACAUCAUCUUCAUGGUUUUCUUCUCCUUCUCCAACGGGUACCUGGCCAGCCUCUGCAUGUGCUUCGGACCAAAGAAGGUGCCGCAGCAUCAGGCAGAGACGGCCGGCGCCAUCAUGGCCUUCUUCCUGUCCCUCGGCUUGGCGCUGGGCGCUGCGAUCUCCUUCGCUGUCCGGGCUCUGAUAUAACCUCUCCCAGAAGAAUCUUCGUCACCUCGGCCCAUCUGGUGUGUGUGUGUGUGUGUGUGUGCGACUAGAGAACCUUGUUUCUCUGUUUUUAUGAAAGACUCAUUAAUCCAACAGGAGUUGAAGUAUUUAAAAUUUUCCCCUCCAAACUUAGCAUCAAAAUGUGUUUAACCUGUGUUGGAGGGUGUUUUUAAUUAUUAGCACUGAUCAAACCAAGUCAAUUGAAGCCAAAUGUAAUUUAAAAAGUAUUUAUAAUGAAUGUAAUUUAAAGGAACAUUCAAAGCCACCAUGAGCCUAGCAGUAUUCCUGAAGACAGCAUACUGGAUUUAAAGUUAGGAAACAAAACGCAAUAAAGCUUUCAUAAUUUUUUUUAAAAUGUCAUUUUAGAUAUUAGAGAGUUCUUUAAUAGUGCAUUACUUUGUACAAAAGACGUGAAACUCGCAUUUCAAUGGAUUGUUGAAGCUUUUUACUUUGAUUUAAACCAAAAACACAAAGACAUGGGAAACUGAAGGGAUUCCAGCUGAACCACCUCUUCUCUCCAUCAGUGUUUUAAAACGCAACUCAGUAGCUGAUAGUUUGUCGUCUUAGUGUUAGUUUUAGACAAAGUAACUGGUUUUCAUCCAGACAUCAUUUUGACUUGAAUAGAAACAUCUGUUGAAAAUUUCUGCCCAUGUUUUUAUUUGUUGUACUGUUACAGAAAAAUAAUCUUCAAUACUCAGAAUAUGCAGCUCAAAAGAAAUGUGGGAAAUUGUUUGGGAGACAUUUUAUUAUUUUUUCAGAAAGUUUGUGCCUUUUUACAAUACUUGUCGUCAUUAUUAGGUUUUAUGUAAGCAAUAGCUCCCUGUUGGGAGACGUUUGUGUUUUAAGGCAGUUUUUUUAUUUGCUUUGACAGUUUUCAUUAGAAGAGUUGUUUGUAUCCUAACCACCUGCUUGUUUAAAAGCAUAAUGUUGGAUUCUGUUGUUGUUUUUUAUACACACAUGGAAGUCAUAAAAAAUACCAUUCUAGCUCAUGUUUCUGCCUCAGACUGAACAUAAAAUGUGUAUUUUUAA